GCGACGACGGCGACGGCCGGCUCACUCAUACACGAGACCGGUCGCCGGUUCGUCGAUUGUCACCCGCGGCGCGUGUGCGUCCGUUUUUAUCGUUCGUCGACCGCAUAAACACGCGUUUCACCUUACUCCGAGCUCGCACUCACAAUAAUAUUACAAUAAUAUUAUUAUUAUACCAAUUGAACAUUAUUAUAUGCGUUUAUAUUGUAUGUCGGUAGGCGCCCGUGACAAUCGUCAAUAUUAUACUAUUAUAAUAAUAUUAUAAUUAUAUGUGUGAUAUUGCGAAAACGGCAUAGCUAUCAUUUCGACAUUGAUGAAAACAAAAUAAUCACGAUAAUAAUAUUAUGAUACACACGUGAGACGAUAGUGUUGUUAUUGUUUUUGCGUAGACGAUAAUUCUAUUGUCGCGGCUUUCGAUAGCUGUAUGUGAUAAACUCAUUCGAUAUUACACUUUCGUCGUCGUCGUUGUCGUCGUGUUCAAACCGUCAACCACGUACCAGUUCGGUCCGGUAUUCACGUGCGACUACCGCAACCACGGUAUAAUAGGAGGAGGAGCAAGGACCGUUUCAGACAUUGCCAUACGGCCGCGGAGUUCGGCGCAUAGGUAUAUGGUGCCGGCGAUGGAACAGAACUUUACUCUGCGGCCGUGCGCCACGGACUUUUCAGUGGCCGCCAUAUUGGCGCGACGCGAUCAAGGUGCCGUGGCCGCGGCUGCUGCCGUAGCAGCGGCCGCUGCGAUCGCGGGAAAGCGGCCAACCGCAGCAACCGCGACAGCCACCGCCGACGAACAGUCGUCCUCGUCCUCGUUGUCCACACCGUCACCGCCGGACGACGGCGAUGACAGGGACCAGCGCCGUCACCACAUGCAUCACCAUCACCAUCACAACCACCACCGCCGCCGUCACCAUCAAACCGUUGCCGCCGCCGCCACUGACGACGACGAAGACGGAAAACCGCUGAGGAAACGGCGCCUGAGCAGCGACACGAUGGUCACGGUCCGGUCGUCCCGGGCCUCGCCGGCCGACGAGAUUGUCAUAUCGUCGUCUACGUCCAGUCCGCCGCCGCCGUCGGUUUCCGCGACCACCGGGUCAUCGGAUCCGGUGCUCGAGGAACGGUGCAACUCGGAAGAGCUGCAGCAUGUCAGCUGCCGGCUGGAGACCAAAGACCUGUGGGACAAGUUCAACGAGCUCGGCACAGAGAUGAUCAUCACGAAAACGGGCAGGAGGAUGUUCCCGACCGUCCGGGUGUCGUUCACGGGGUUGCGGGCGGACCAGCGGUACGCGGUGCUCAUGGACAUCGUACCGGUGGACAACAAGCGUUACCGUUACGCGUACCACCGGUCAUCGUGGCUGGUGGCCGGCAAGGCGGAUCCGCCUGCCCCACACAGGCUGUACACGCACCCCGACUCGCCGUUCACGGGCGAUCAGCUGCGCAAGCAGGUCGUGUCCUUCGAAAAGGUCAAGCUCACUAAUAACGAGAUGGACAAGCACGGACACUUGGUGUUGAACUCGAUGCACAAGUAUCAGCCGCGCAUACACCUGGUGAAGAGAAACAGCGAGUCAACAGGCGGACAUUCCGUUGUGGACUUAGAAGCCGAAGAGUACAAGACGUUCGUGUAUCCGGAAACGACGUUCACGGCCGUCACCGCUUACCAGAACCAAUUGAUAACCAAGUUGAAAAUCGACAGCAAUCCGUUUGCAAAAGGUUUCCGAGAUUCGUCGAGGUUGACCGAAUUCGAAAGGGAAACGAUGGAGUCGAUGUUGAGCGAGCACCACAUGCUAAGAACGCCGUUGCUGGACCCAGGCGGUGGACUCAGCCAACUGACGGCCGAAGAACGGGCUGUUCUGGCAGCCAGGUCCCAGCUGUUCCUGAGGGCGGCAGCGGCCGCGGCCGCAGUGAGUGGCCCUUAUGGUCCGCUGUGCGGCAUAUAUAACGCGGCCGCAGCGGCCGGCGGCCAACACCUGUGGAACCAGUGGGCGUCGAUGCAGGGCCCGGCAGGCCUCUACCAGCAACUGGCCGCGGCCGGCGGUGGAGGUCCCACGGCCAUGGCUGCCGCCGCUGCAGCCGCAGCCGCCGCCGCUCACCAGCAGCAGCAACAGCACCACCACCAUCAGCAGCAGCAACAACAGCACCACCAUCACCAACAACAACAACAACAACAACAACAACACCACCACCAGAGUUUGUACCAACAACACCAGGCGGCCGCCGCCGCAGCGAACGGAUUCAGAUUUUCGCCGUACUUGGUCACUCCGCCUCAGCUGUCAGCGGUAGCGGCCGCGGCCAGAUCGCCGUCACCGUCCUCGCCGGACACAGCCUGUUCGUCGGACCGUUCGGCUCACGGUGGUGGCCAUCGGACGACGCCGCACUAACAACCGGAAGCAUCUGUUUAUAUGAUAUGUGUGUGGGUUGACCGGAAGCGAUUCGUGUAUUAUAUUUUUAUGUACCUUUAUGAUGGUAUCCGUGAAAUUAUAAACUGUAAAAAAAUCUGGGAAAAAAGUCCGAGAAAAAAUUGAUUUAAAACAACUAUUUUAAUUGUUAUUUUAUAAAAUUAUUUUUCGACCUAUAUUAUUCAUUCAAUGUUUUUGUUUUUUUGGACUUUUUUUUCUCCCGUGAAUUCGUUUCCUUUUAUCCUGUAAAAUAGAAUGGACCUUAGAAUCGGGUCUGCAGUGUGUAAUAUAAAACAAUUCAAUAUUGUGUGUACAGCGUUUUCCGUGUAUUUCGGUUUUCGUGACGACUCUCGAUCACCGGAUUUCCGGUUUCUCAUAGUCGAAAAUCGCUGGAGACGGGUCGUGUGGACUGUGGAGCACUUAACAGUCAAUCGAUCACCGAUGGUUGGCAUGACAAAUGGCGUUUCACCGUCGUACUUGGGUAUGGCGAGAUUAUGCGAUUCCGGUGCUGAUGGCGGAAAACGCUUCAAAUUUCUUUUUUUCUUUUUAAUUUUUAAUUUCAUUUUUAACGUUAUCAUUAUCAUUACUAUUAUAUACAUAUUAUAUUAUAUAUUACUAUAUACAUCACCUCUGGAUGAUUUCUCGAAUGUGUGACACUCGAUAUGUCGUUGCGUAUUAUUUGUUUUAUUAUUAUUAUUAUUAUUAUUAUUAUUAUUAUUAUUAUUAUUAUAAUUAUUACAUUUCGAAUGUCCGCCGCCGCCGUUGAUCUUUAUUUAAACGGUGACCUAUACAGUAUGGUACCUGGUAUACCGUGAUUUCGUGCUUGAGAUAAUAUUAUUAUUAUUAUUAUUAUUACUGUCGUACGUCGUAAAACGUUCAACAAUAUUACCUACCUAUAUUAUACAUUAUUAUUGAAUAUUAUUAUUAUUAUUAUUAUUAUUAUUAUUAUUAUGUUAUUAUCAUCAUUAUAAUUAUUAUUAUGUUUUACUCGCACCAGCGUUUCGCGUUUCCACCGCCAGAAUAUUAAAAUAUUAUGCGCUUGUGUCUGUCUAUACCUAUUAUUAUGUAAGUACGUCAUAUUAUAUAACACAUAACUACAAUAAUAUUAUCUGUAUAAUAGUUCGUAUAAUAUAUUUUAUGUAAUGUGUUUACAAAUAAAGCGACGCAAUUGUAUUAAUGAUUAAA